GGUGCACUAUAGCCUACCUUCUAAGCACUAUAGCCUACCUUCUAAGCACUAUAGCCUACCUUCUAAGCACUAUAGCCUACCUUCUAAGCACUAUAGCCUACCUUCUAAGCACUAUAGCCUACCUUCUAAGCACUAUAGCCUACCUUCUAAGCACUAUAGUCUACCUUCUAAGCACUAUAGCCUACCUUCUAAGCACUAUAGCCUACCUUCUAAGCACUAUAGCCUACCUUCUAAGCACUAUAGCCUACCUUCACUGUGGAGACGCCUCACGAUUACAAAAGAAAAAAAAAGAAUUCUACUGGCAACAAAAGAACAUACCUACACUGGCAGAAGAAUAGAAGCUGAAAUGUUAAAUAGAAAAUUGAAAGAAUGUUAUGACGAAACAAAUAAAUAA